AUGCCUCAGAAAAUCGUUUCCACAGGCUCACGGGCGCCUCAAGGCCCUCAACCCAGACCUACCGCGCUAUUCAGAGUUCAAUUUGUCCUGCGAAUCAUUGGAAUAAUCGCAAGUCUCGCUGGAAUCGCAAUCGCUGGUUUUGUCGUCAUCAAGAUCCAUAAGACAUGGGGAUUUGUCUUCGCCUCAACGCUGUUGCCAUUCUUCCUUGAUACCGCCGAAGUCGCUGCACUCAUCAGCCGUCACACUCUCAAAUUCUCGAUCCACCGCGUCAACCCUUUCGUGCUCAUCGGGCUCGAUGCAAUCGCAAUAGGCCUGCUCGUCUGGAGCUUCUUCAUGCUCAUUUUCGAUAAAUGGGGCAAGACUCAAAUUGUAAGCACUAUAGACUACACGGCAGAUCCAUUCAAUGGCAUUGAAAUUUGGCUAGCCGUGACCUUAGCGGUCUACAGUGGCAAUGGUGUAUUAGAAACUGAGCAACCUUCGAAACUCCACCGGCAGGAAUCCAGCUGGCGGCAUGCGACUUUGGGUCCCAUCUUCGAUUUCUCUGCAGUCGCAGUCGGCGAUUUGAAAGGAUCCCUCAAUCCACCACCGGUCUUCCGCCGCGCCAAGUCCGCGACGCCAGACUCGCAUUUUCCUCGGUACGGAGAAGGCAUUCUUCACUCCCGGCGCAGACCAAGCACGAUCGGCGUUGCGAUCAGUAUCCAAACAACGCUUCCCCCCGCCGUGGGCUUUUUUUUUACCCCGAUAUCGAAAUUGGCAGGGGAUCAGGGCCAUGAUCAAGGCUUUCUGCUUCGUCAAUGUCUGCUUGCAAGAGUAUCACAAGCCCUCCACGGAUUGCUGAAGCUCUUCUCGAUGUUCGAUUCUGUGUAGGCAUUUCGAACUUGCAUGUUUGGUUCUGUGAAAAUCGUCGGGAUGUUGGUUGGCUCCGCAUGAGCUUUGUGCCGACGCCGGAACCCCGAAUCGGAUUUAUGGGCAGUGGAGCGAGGUUCUCCCCUUGGGACAAGGUAGGUGGCAGGUGGACUUUAUAGGCGGGAGAGAGAGAGGAGGGCAAGGAAGUUCGAAGCGCUAUGGUGGCGCUGCACGAUGAAAUGAUGUAUGACUAUAUGCUGGGAGAAGCUUCUGAAGCGGUACCCAGGAGAUGUCUUAAUGGUAAAGAAUAAUGUUUCUCUCUUCAAUCGAAUUCUCCAAUGUCCCAGAUCCAUUUGCACAAAAUCUGGAUUUCUGGGCUAUAAACCCCUUCAGCACAGCCAGCUCUCAAGCCCUCUCUCAUUGUUCCAAACAUUACCCCAGUCUCCCCAAACAUCUCAACGG